CUAUACACAUGACCACAAUUUUGCUUUGUUUUUUUCUUCAUAAUAAAUUUGAACACAUUUAAAUUUGAUAGAGACAUGCUUUUCUGUAUACAUUUAGAUGCUACAUGCUGUGAGAACAAUGGCUUGAUUUUAUAAUCUAAGAAAUUGCACUCACUGAUGAACCACUAAUGACAUAUUGGAACACAUAUUGAAGUAAUGAAUCACACCGUUACACAAUAAAUGUUUGUAACUUAAGUUUGUGUCUUUUUAUUAAUAUGCAUUUUACCUCUCACUUUUGAUGGGAAUUCCAGGUUACUUUAGAAGAAUCUCCAAGUGAGACAUUCACAAACUUCUCAGCAGAAAAGUGCUGGGAAAUGGUGCUCCAGAGGAUAAAAAACGAAAUUAUACAAAAGAGCAGCCUAGGGGAACGGGGACAGCCCUCUUUGCAGCCUUUGCAGAGUGUUAAUGGGCUUGAAAUGUUUGGGUUUCUCUCUCCACGGAUUAUUCAGGCUAUUGAGGCUCUUGAUCCCAAUCAUCGAUGUGUGGAGUACUGGAAUCACAGAUGCAUGGUACCUGUGACUUUGGAUGCCAAUAAGUACUCAUGGACAUUGAGUUCCUGUACAGAAGACAGGAAGGAAAAAAACUUAGCAUCAACUUGACAAAGCAAGACCCGGAUAAUCCAUCCAAAGGGCAAGGUCACCAUGACUUAACUGAUGAAGAGUUACAGCUAGCACUAUGAGGAAACCCGAAAAAAUUGACAAAAAAUGUAGGAUAUUUAUUCUGCAGUGGAGAGUGCCAUUGACACCAUUGAUAGAGAAGAUCCAGAAAUCCUGUAGAUAGAAUAAGGAUUAGAAAUAGGUCCAACCAUUCUUUUUCAUUGAAGGUAACUUCUUAUUCCCAUUUAGUCAAAUAGGCCAGAUUCUUUCAAAGAUCUAUAACAGGCAAAGAGAAAUCCUUGUGUGAGUUGUGCACAGAUGUCAGAUGUGCCCACCAAUGAUGAGCAUGAUGUAGAGUCUUAAUUUGAUGAUUCAGAACUCAUUAAAGGAUCUCAAUUAAGGCUGCUUCUACCUUGGAAAAGUUUACCAGUUUUGGUUUAAUUGUCUUCCCCAGUCUUACACCUCUCACUGUAUAUGUUGAUGCA